UAGGAAUACAAAUUUUAAAAAUUUUGACAAGCACUUUAGACACAAGCAACAUAACCUAACUUGUCAUAACCAAACAAUUCACCGUAAUUUCUUCGUUUUUGCUUUCUAGAUGGCGAAACAUCACCCGGACUUGAUUUUCUGCCGAAAACAGCCCGGCGUAGCUAUAGGUAGAUUGUGCGAAAAAUGCGAUGGAAAAUGUGUAAUUUGCGACUCGUACGUGCGCCCCUGCACAUUAGUGCGUAUUUGUGAUGAGUGUAAUUACGGAUCGUACCAAGGAAGAUGCGUUGUAUGCGGAGGUCCAGGGGUUUCCGAUGCUUACUACUGCAAAGAGUGUACGAUCCAGGAAAAAGACAGAGAUGGGUGUCCAAAGAUUGUUAAUCUGGGCAGUUCGAAGACUGACUUGUUUUACGAAAGAAAGAAGUAUGGGUUCAAAAGAAGAUAGACUUUUUAUUGUGUUUUAUUAUAUUUUAAGUAUUAAAUAAGAUUAAUUAGGAUUGGUGUGUCAAUUUUAUACAUUAAUUUAACGGACGUCUUUAAUAAUAAAAGUGUUUAUAAUUGU